CUCAGCUGAAGCCGCGUUUCAGCUGAGCCCUUCCUUUUCCUGUUGAUUCGCAAGCCGUCAAGGUUGCUAAUCCCGCUCCAUCAGCAUGAAGAUCAACGUGGCCUACCCGGCCACUGGCCGUCAAAAGCUCUUUGAAGUCAAUGAUGAGAUCAAGGUCCGCCCCUUUUAUGAGAAGCGUAUGGGCCAAGAGGUGGAUGGUGCCACGCUGGGCGACGAAUGGAAGGGUUACUUGCUGCGCGUGACCGGCGGGAACGACAAGCAGGGCUUUCCCAUGAUGCAGGGCGUGCUGACCACGAGCCGUGUGCGGCUGCUCCUCAACAAGAACCACUCUUGCUAUCGUCAACGCAAGGCGGGUGAGCGCAAGCGCAAAUCCGUGCGCGGCUGCAUUGUAGACGCCAACAUGUCGGUCAUCUCCGUGAUCAUCGUCAAGAAGGGUGAGCAAGACAUCCCCGGCUUGACCGACUCGACUCUGCCCAAUCGUUUGGGACCCAAGCGGGCCUCCAAGAUCCGCAAGUUCUACAACUUGAGCAAGGAGGACAACGUGUGCCAGUACGUGAUCAAGCGGCCCAUUCCCGGCAAGGACGGCAAGAAGCCCCGCACCAAGGCGCCCAAGAUCCAGCGUCUGGUCACGCCUAUCAUGCUGCAACGCAAGCGUCAUCGUUUGGCUCUGAAGCGUCGCCGAUCGGAGAAGAACCGACAGGCCGCCGCCGAGUAUGCCAAGAUCUUGGCCCAAAGGCAGAAGGAAGCCCGCGAAGCCAAGGAGAUGCGCCGCAAACGCUCCGCCUCCCUCCGCGAGAGCCGAAACUCCAAAUCCAACUAAGCAGAUUCACUACGUUAUGUCUUCGAAGGGGAGCCAUCCUUUGGCUCUGGUUCCGUCGGGAAUAAAACAACCACAAAAAAAGAGA